CCUAUCGCGCGUACAAGAUACACUGCAGAAAAUAAUUUAAAGUCUCGUCGAGCAGUGAUCAUUACUCGUGUUACUCUUUUAAUCGCGCGAGCACAGUCCGAGGCUUAUCUUAUCACUGAACGUAUCGUUUAUUACCUACUAGUUGAAAUUGUAUACACUGCAAUUUACGUUUUUGAUAUUGGAACUGUGCCACGCCGUAAGAGUCUUCUGCAACUUCGAAACAGGUUAUAUUCUUAUUGUGCUCCAUAUUUCGGCUGUGUCUACUUUCGGGUGUUAUUAAUUGACUCCAUUUUUAUCGCUAUUCUUCCAAGACGAACUGAUAUUUUUCGUCAAUUUAGAGGACAAUAAAAAAAGCCGAUAAAAUGUUUCGAGUUCUUUUUGAAAAUGGCAUUGCUAAAGACGGCAAGGAUUUGAAAUGUCAUUGGUGUCGGUAUAAUAUUCCACAAAGUACUUAUCAAGAAGCUGUGAAGCACACCGAAGAGCCAGUUCAUAAAGAAAGAGCGGAGGCCUUCAGCUGGGACAAAAUACCUCAAAUUAAAGAAGUCAAACGACUUGUCUCACUAACAGAGGCUAAUUAUAAACAUCUGAUUCAAAAUGGCAUUACUUUCAAAAUAAAAUUGUACCACUGUAUGAUUUGCGAGUCAAAGCUUGGCCAAAUGUUAAAUAAUCAUUUGGAGAGCAAAAAUCACCUACGACUUUAUGAUAUAAAAAAUUAUGUCAAUAAACCGUUUUCUAAAACAGAUAGUCCAAAGGAUAAGGAAAAUAAAUCAAGAAUUAUUGACACAAAUAAAAAGCAACCACAACAAAAUCCAAAAGGAUUGAUUACGACUGACAAAGAUACUGCAACGGAGCCUGCAGCUGUAUUUUGGAUGCAACUGCGACACAAUCAAAUCAGAUAUAAACCCUCAUUUAAACAAUAUUUAUGUAGAUGCUGUGACAGUACCAUUGAAACAAGAAAAGAAGUUAUUGCACACAUGGAUUCAGCAACACAUAAUGACCAUUUAGAAACAUUCAAAAUUAAUAAAUUCAAAACUGGAUCUGUUUUUAAUAAGAAAGAUAACUAUUACUUUUGCAUGGACUGUGAUGCUAUAAUUGGUUUAAAACAAACAUCAGUCAAUUUUCAUUGCUUGUCUCAUAUUUUUAAAGAAAUCAAUUUAAACCUUGACUUAAUCAGGAUCAAAUCUUGUGAAAAUAAAAAUGAAUUAACAUGCUUAUUGUGUGAUUAUGUAGUAGAAAACGAUUUAGCUAUGAUAAAACAUUUAGAAUCUUAUAUUCAUGAAGAGGAAUUGGGAUUUUUGACUUAUACUGAUAAACAUAUUAAAUUAGAAAAAGAUACCCAAGAUAAAAAUUAUUUUUUAGAAUUUUUGAAAACCAAUUGUCCAGACAUGAAUAUUAAUAUUCUGCAAAAUUGUGACAAAUUAAAAUUACAAGAAGAUGGGUAUUUUAAUUAUUAUCCAGAAAACCAUAUAAGAUUAGGUUCAAACAUGAAUACUUUGAAGACAAAAUUUUCCAUGUAUAAAUGUUUUCUUUGUUAUAAACAAUACAAAAGUUUUUUGGAUCUUUUUAAUCAUUAUUCAUCUAUAAAUCAUUUGAAGAAACUAAAAACUUUAAUAGAAUUUAAGAAUAAUGUAGACUUAAAUAAUGUUGAAAUAAUUGAAGAUAUGGUAAAAAACUUGGACUUGAAUAAAACCAAUGACAAAGCUACAAGAAAAAGUAGUAGAAGACAAUACAAGAAUUCCAGACAAUUUAGACAACUUAAAAGUAGAGAGAGUUACAAUUUAGAUAUUUCAGACUAUGGACAAAGUUAUAUUUCUACUUUUAUAGAUGAUGGAAACCAAAACAUUUAUAAUAUUGGUUGCAAGAACAUGGGUGAGUUACAAUUUGGUGCCUCUUUAACUUUUUCUUUAAAUAAUGCCAGGUUCUGUAUUCCAUGCACAAAAAAAUUUCCUGAUGAUAUAUCAUACCUGUAUGAACAUUUGCAGUUGGAAGAGCAUACUUCUAAGUUACAUGAUAUUCUAGAAGAAGAAAAAGAAUUUAAAGACAAUCUUAAUGAACAGCAAGAAAAAUUUAGCUUUUUAGAUCUUGCCAAGUCAUGUAUCAUUAAAGAUUUUGAAUCAGAAGACCAUGUCAAAUGUUUGGCUUGUAAAACUAGUAUUUUAAAUUCAGCCUGCCUUAUUGAAGAUCAUAUGAAGUUAAAAACUCAUAAUUCAAAAAUAAAGUCUUGGAAAGAAGAAAUUGAGUUGAUAUGGGAAAGGUUUGAACUCAAUGCACAAGAUUCUUGGUACCAUGUUGAUAGGUUUUACUGCUCUUUGUGCAAUUUUGUUUGUGAAAGAGAAAUAAAAAUUGCAAAACAUUUGGAGCAAUCAGAGCACAUUGAUAAUGCCAGACAAUCAGAUGCUGAAAAUAAGAUGAAUGUUUGUUAUGCAUGCUCAACAUGUUGGUAUGGUUUAUCAGAUUAUACUGAACAUUAUAAAACUAAGUUUCAUACGCUUAAUUUGAAAAAGCAUGGAUCCAUUCUUCCAAAAAUGUGGAAGACUGCUGAAAAUUUAUUAAGUUGUAUGGAUAAACAUAUUACAGACUUACUUAAAGAGUCAAAUAAAGUCAAGUAUACACAAAAAAAAGAAGAAAAACAAUUGAUAGAAUGUCUUGAAGACACUGUGAGACCAGUAUAUCCAUUAGUCAAGGCAUAUGGAUUUGGAUCAAGAAGGUCUGAUUUGGGUUUGAUGAAUAGUGACGUAGAUGUAUAUUUAGAUUGUGAAAAUAGUUAUAGUGAAAUUGGGACACAAGAUGCCAGUAAAAAGUACAUCAAAGCUAUAAAAAAUAAUUUUAUGAUAAUUCGAAGAGACACUUGGAAAGUCGAUAAAAUUUUAACGCAAGCUAGGGUACCUAUUCUAAAACUUCUACAUAGGAGAACGCAUUUAAAAUGUGAUGUAUCUUUUAUGAGUGGAUUAGGAGUUGAAAAAUCUAAUUUGAUAAGGAAUUACGUUGUUUCUCUCCAACAAUGUAGAGAACUGAUUUUGUUUUUAAAAAAAUGGUUUCUUGUAUUUGGUUUAUAUGGAACCCAACUUAUAAAUGCUUAUGCUAUAACUUGGUUUACCAUAUUUUAUUUGCAAAACAAGGGAAUAUUUCCCAGUGUUCAUGAACUAUUAAAAUUGAAAAAUGAAUCAAAUUUUAUUGAUGGUUGGAACUGUGGAUUUUAUGAACCUAUUCCUGUAAAAUCAACUAAUCUUACUGUCAAAGAUCUGUUACAAGGAUUUUUUCAAUUUUAUGCCAAGUUUGAUUUUCACACAAAAGUGGUUUGUCCAUAUCUCGGCAAAGUCUUAGAAAGAAAAAACUUUGUUGAUAUUACUGAUCUUCCUGAAGAAAUGGCACUAUAUAAAUUGCGAUUACAAACAGAGGAAUUAGAAUUAUUUAGAUUUGAUUCCCCAAUGUGUAUUCAGGAUCCUAUUGAUCUUUCACAAAAUAUCACGAAGCAAGUGACAAAACUAGACUUGAGAUGUUUCAGGAACUACUGCUUUGAAAGUUAUCAAAAAUUGGUUAGAAUUGAUAAUAAUCUAAAAAUGAGCAUGAAAGAGUGAAUAAUUUAUAAUUUAAUACAGCAAUAAGAAUUUGCCAAAAUAUGUUAAUACAAGAUUUUAUAUUCUAAUGCAAAUACUGUAUACAAAUUUUUGAAUCAAAGAGAUAUCUAUUCCAUAGAAAAAUUAACAUAUCAA